UUCCCACUUUAAAUUCUCCACAAUCACCAUCACUUUCCAACACUCCACAUCCAUAAAAAAAACAUCUCUCUUUCAAGUUUCAUCUAUCUAGCUAGCUAUAUGAUGUGUUUCUCUCAUGAGUGUCGCUAUUUCAUCAAGAAAAUAGUAUCAGUACCAAAUCAUCAUACCAUGCUCAAACUCAACAACUUAACCCUUCUCAAGCUUCUCAUACUCUUACUCUUAACCUGCGUCACUGAUAAGAAUCAUCGCAUGUGUUCUAAUCAUUAUAAUAAUUUCCAUCUUUCACAUUAUUAUUAUACAAGCACCACCACCACCACCACAAGAUCAAGCUCUUCUUCGAUUCUAAAACUAGGCUUAAACGGGUAUAUUAAAACCCAAAACAUCGACUACGCAGCCAAAGAUUUUGGCCACAUAAAACAUUUUCCUCCCUCAGCCGUUUUGCAUCCAAGUUCGGUUUCGGAUAUUUCUUCGAUUAUAAAACAUGUCUAUGAAAUGGGUACUAAUUCAGAGCUAACGGUUGCAGUUAGAGGCCAUGGACAUUCACUUCAUGGUCAGGCUCAAGCUUAUAGAGGGAUAGUUAUAUUUAUGGAAUCACUUGGGGGGAGGGAAAGAAAAGAGGAAAUGCAUUUCAACAUUAGUUCUGAUCAUGAUAAGAUGAUGAUGAUGAUGUCUUACGUUGAUGUUUCAUCAGGAGAAUUAUGGAUAGAUGUACUACGUGAGAGUCUGAAACGUGGGUUUGCACCCAAAUCUUGGACUGACUAUCUUCAUCUUACUGUCGGAGGAACCUUGUCUAAUGCCGGAAUAAGCGGUCAAGCGUUUCGUCAUGGCCCGCAAAUAAGUAAUGUCUACCAGCUUGAGGUUGUCACAGGAAAAGGAGAAGUGGUUAUCUGUUCGGAAAACGAAAAGGCAGAUCUCUUCUUUGGUGUACUUGGAGGACUUGGUCAAUUUGGCAUCAUAACCCGAGCAAGAAUCUCACUUGAACCAGCCCCAAACAUGGUAAAAUGGAUUAGAAUUCUAUAUGAGGAUUUUUCCAUGUUUACAAAUGACCAAGAACAUCUGAUAUCUUCUGCAAAGACAUUCGAUUACAUAGAAGGAUUUGUAAUUAUCAACCGAACGGGUGUUCUUAAUAGCUGGAAAUCUUCCUCAUUUAAUCCUCAUCAUCCUCAAGAAGCAAGUGAAUUCGUUUCAGAAGGAAAAACCCUUUUCUGCAUAGAAGUAGCUAAAUACAUCUUCUUGAAUGAUGAAGAAGAUCAUGAUUUGGUAAUCAGAUUGCUGUUGAAAGAACUGAAUUACAUUAAAUCAACCCUUUUCUCAUCACAAGUCUCAUACAUAGAGUUUCUAGAUAGAGUUCAUGUCUCAGAAUUAAAGCUACAAGAGAAAGGUUUGUGGGAAAUUCCACAUCCAUGGUUGAAUCUUUUAAUUCCAAAGAGAAGUAUUCAUGUCUUUGCAAAAGGUGUUUUUGGAAACACUGUCAAAAAGAUGAACAAUGGUCCAAUACUCAUCUACCCUGUCAACAGAUCCAAGUAA